CUUCCACCCGAAAGCCACAAAAGAAAACCCUCGGGAUAUGAAAAGCGCGGGAAAGUUCGCUUCUAAAAUUGGCGCCUCCAAAGGCCCCCAGCAUCACAAACCAUAUCUUUCUUAUUGAUCUCCAAGAUCUGAUCUACUUCGAUUGUCUAUUCAAUCAAAUUUAUGCGAAAAUAAACAAAAAAAAUUUAAAUUUCUAAAAUUUCUCAAAAGCUGAAGGUCUCGCGGCAUCGGUAAGAUGGACAUGGAAGGCUUAUCGGUAAUAUGCGCAGGCAUUGGAAUAGCCGAGGAGGACGAGAAUGGAAAUCGGAUCGGUUAUUCAAAGGGCGAGUACUGCUUAGAUAAUUUGAAAGAUUUGCUGAGGUUUUUGAGGCGGGAUGAUCCACAGAACCGAGAUGUGUUUAAGCAAGUCUGUAAAUGGAACAUUGUGUAUAAAGAUUUGAUACCCAUUAUGGAGCACUGCCAAGAUGAUAGGAAUUUGGUUCUUAAUGCUGUAAAGAUUCUGGUGUUCCUAACCAUGCCUGUUGAGCCUUCAUCAAAUGAUGUAUCACAGCAGAUAGAGUAUCUAUGGGGUUUGAAGUCUUCAAUUACAUGCAGUAACAUUGUUGCCGUCAUAGUGUCUCUUCUCGAAGGUCCACUGGAAAAUCUGGAAAGGGAAGCAUUCACCGAGGAUGACUGGAAAUUGGUGCAGCUGGUACUUACUCUAUUCCGAAAUAUUUUAGCUAUUCAAGAAAUCUCACUGCAGCAGAAGGUUGGGGGAGUUGCCAGCCAAUUUUUAUCAUUGAGAGAUAGAUUUCUGGAACUUUUGUUCCAUGAGAACGUAAUGGACUUAAUAUUAGUUAUAACCCAGCAUUUUGGGGGAUCUGGUAGCUAUCUUCGUCAUGAUAACUUGCUUUUGUUGGAGAUUUUCUAUUACACUUUCAUGGGUCAAGAGCCAGAGUUGAUAGCAAAAGCUCAUCUGAGAGGCUCAAAGGUGGAUGAAGACACCAAAGCUUCUCUUAAUAGUCUCAAGUCUAUCAUGGAGGAGGAAGAAGAGAAAAGAAGACUCUGUAGGCUCCGUAACUUGGGCCGUUAUUCACAUUUUAGUGGAACAUUUACACGGCUUACCAUGGAUGGUUCCAAGGCAGUUUUGAAGGGAAAACCUACUUCAGCUUCUCGUGAUAACCUGCUUAAACCACAUAAAGUUUCCCAUGGUCGCACUAAAAAAAUUGCAUGGGAUCAUGGGAUAUUACCUUCAACAAAGGAUAAGAUUUUGGAAUUGCUGCAUGACUUUGUAAAUCAGUUUUUAUCGGGGGGAUACUGUGUUUUAAUGCAGUCAAUUCGUGAAGAUAUUGAGAAGGAACAUCACGCAAUUCAGAAGAGCGAUGUCGUUGUUUUCUUUCAGGUUGCCCAGUUUGUUACUUCUUUCCAGUAUCACAAGUUUUCAACCUCAAAGGGAAACAUGGGAGCAGAUGCAUCUGAAGCUCCUUCCGAAACACAUCCUGAUAAAACAUUUUUUGGAGGUGAUUUAUGUGGACCUAUUGCAUCAACUAUGAAUGAGUCGAUGUUUCAACUAGUCAUUUUAAAGUGGCGUGAUGCGUUUGAAGGCUUGAAAGAAACACAUGACUACAAGUUUUUGUCUGCAUCUGCUAGUCUUAUGAAAAUUAUGAUUUGCAUGCUUGAUUUGGUGCUUAAAUUAUUGCCAGAAGACUUUAAGGAGCCUCAAACAGCUCGCAUCCUUCUUUACAAGUUAUUUUAUGAUCAAACCGAUCAAGGAAUGACUCAAUUCCUUUUAAAUUUGCUCAAAUCAUUUGACACUCACAAGCAACCCAAGAGUUAUCUUGCAGAUUUGAUCGAGAUAAUUUAUAAAAUCUUACGUCUCAUGGAGAAUCUUCAAGCACGUGGAACUUUGAGGGUUUCUAAAAAAUUAAGGAGGGUGAGAAAGAAGAAAGAUUCAAGUGACAAGGCAAAAGAAAUUGAUACCUUAGGCGAACAUCCUACGGUUCAGAAUGAGACCAGCAUCUCUUGUGCUGAGCCAUCAGCAGAAAUGAGUAAUGCGAACCAGGGAAUUCUAGAUACAAGUUCGCAUGAAAAACAAGACAUCAGUAUUCCUUCUCAUGCCGAUGAAAGUGAAAUGUUGAUGAUGGAGAAGGACAACACCGGAGUCAGCUUGCCACAGAAGAUGGAUAUCAAGAACUCCGGUUUUGCAAAUGAUGAUCUCAAUGGUGCAGGUGAUUCUUCUGGUGAUGAGCAGGUUGCUACGACUGAUGAAGUUGAUUUUAAGGUGUCAACUUUAGUUUCUGCUUUUGCAAACAACAGUAUCAUUCAGAGACUGUGUUGGUUGCUGAAGUUUUAUAAGAAUAAUUCCACAACUACAAAUCACUACAUAAUAAGCAUGUUGAAGAGGAUAAGUGAUGAUUUGGAGCUCUCUCCAAUGCUGUAUCAGUUAUCACUUCUUACCAUAUUCUACGAUAUCCUGGAUGAGCAGAAGUCAUGUCCGUGCAAAGAAUAUGCAAACAUUGUUGAUUUCCUGACAACUUUGGUUAGAAAGAUGCUAAAGAAAAUGAAAAAUCAACCCCUUCUUUUUGUGGAAAUUCUCUUCUGGAAGACUCGCAAAGAAUGUCAUUAUAUCAAUGCUGAAUAUUUACUGCAUGAGCUUGGCCACAUGAAGAAAGAAAGUAGAAACUGGGAAAACAGUACUGGUGAUGGAGUUAUUGGCUCAUCACGGGCCAAGGAAUGGACUCGUAGAAGCAUAGCGGAUGCACUUGGUGAAGAUGAAGCUGAUGUUGUGAUCGAUGAGCUCCGAAAUGACAAUGAUGAAGAGAAUAUUGGCAAAGUGAAGGGAGGCAUGGCAUCUACUUCAGACAAUGAGUUUGAUGUAGAAGAAAAUUGUGAUAAUGGGGGAAAAUCCAUGGAUCAUGAACCUGAAAUGGUUACUAAGAAGAAGAGAAGACUUGUUCUCGGAAGUGAGCUGGAUGGAAAAAUAAAGCAUCUAUACUACAAGUUCAAGAAUGAACAAAAUUGCAUUCGACUAAUAGCAAAGGAAGUAGAUCCUGAUGGCAAAGUAUCUCCGGCUCAAAUUUCCAAUAGGCUUAAACAGCUUGGACUUAAACCUGCAACCAGAAAAAGGAUGCGCCAUACUGAUGAACCUGACGCGGACGAAAGAGCGGAGAAAGCAGUACACUCAAAUGAUUUGGAGGAAAGUUUGUCGAGUCGACCUGUAAACGGAAGAAAAAGAAUCCGCGCCUCUGGUGAAGCUGAGGAAGCGAAAAUUAGAGCUUUGUACGAGCAAUUCAAAGAUCAUAUGAAGUGCAACCACAUGAUUGCAAAUGCUCUGGACGAAGAUGGUAAGUUUACUGCAUCCCAAGUUUCUCGUAAGCUUAAACAGCUUGGCCUACGUGUUCCUCGGCAGAAGAAGUUAGAAACCAGCAUACAACUGAGGGAUGAGGAUCUUAAUGACUUUUCUAUGGACAAAUCAAAUGAGUCUGAUGAUGAAACAUUGUUAUCGUUGAUAAACAGGAGGAAGAAGAGGGAGGAUAGCAAUCGAGAGGUUGAGGAACAGACAGCUAGAGAAGAUGAUUCUGAUGAUAAAAUCUUAAGCUCUGUUCUCAAAUCCCUUUCUAAGUCAAAGGAUGCAAAGCAUAAAGCUGUCUCAACUCAGGGGACGGUAAAUGACAAUGACUUCAAAAAUGGAUCCAGGGAUGUUGUUGAAGAACGGGAUGUGAGCAAGCAAUCCAGAGUAUUGGAGCGUGCAGAAAUUGGAGAGGGUAUUGCUUUCAACCACAUUAGUCCGAAUGACUCUAGAGAAGCUGAAGUGACUGGCAAUGGCAGUGGAAGUACAUUAGGUGAUUUGCCUGUCAACAAUUUAUAUGAUUUGCCACAUCAGCAAGUGGACGAUGAGUUGGCAGAUUUUGAGGAUGAAGUGGAUUAUAGUGGGGUCUCAAAUAGUACCGCAAGUAGAAGGAAAUUGAGGAUGGUACUUGAUGUUGAUGAUGAUGAUGAUGACUGAGAUGGAAGCAUACCUCUGGUAGCUGAGAGCACAGGCAUUUUGGUAUAUGUGGAAGGUGAAAGUUGCUUUGGUCAACUGCUUGCACGUUUUCGUGUCUCAAUAUCUGGUGGGCUAGCUGUAAUCCGCUUGUAUUAUUGUGUAUAUAUUUUUUUAAAAGAAAUACUUUAAUCUUCUAAAUCACAUAUCCUUGAAUUUAGGGUACAAAAACAUUUGAAGUUGUUUUAACAUAGUAUACAGCCCUGUAGAUCGUACAGGUGGAAGGAAUUAAAUGGUCAGCAUUUUUAGUCAA